AUGGCUGCCAAUCCCAGCUACUUGAACGCAGACAUCUUUAGAGACUCGCCCACCUUCGACUCCUCUGCCUCCAACCAGAGAGCUCUCCAGGCCUCGCGAAACUCAUUUGUUCCAGCUCUCACCACCCAGCGCAGCUUCAAGACCAUUCUCAACAAGCCUGUGCUUUUCCAGAUCUUGUUCAUCGACAACAUCAAACAGUCCAAGUUCAAUCAGAUCGACAACUGGCUCGAGUUCCAGAACCCUCUCGCUGUGUCUACCGACAAGCUCAGAAACUCAAAGAAAGGCUCUGGCGCUAACAGAAAUAACAGAAUCAUCAAAAGCGUCGACCUUAGCAACGACAACGACACCGACAGCAACUCCCUCACAGACACCAGCUCCUUGAACGCCAUCUACAAAUUGACCUUGCAAGACUCCCAGGGAAACCUCUGCUAUGCCUUUGAAUUGGAGAACUUGGACUUCCUUCACUCCUCAGACAGAUCCAGCAUUGCCAAUGCUCUUCUCAACCCAUUGCCAGUUCCUUUAGGCUCCAAAAUCAUUGUCUACAACUGUCUUGUUCUUGAAGGGACCUUGAUGCUCAAUAACAAGGGCACAGAGUAUCUAGGAGGCCAGCUUCUUGUUCUUAACGACAACAUUUCCUCAAAGGUGAUCAAGAACUUCAAGGCAAUGCUAGAGCUUCUUUCGACCGCCAACUAA